GUGUGAGAAGAGACCUUUUUAAUCGAGAUUAUUACGCGUUUCUUCUUCGAGGUUGAACGCCAUGUUAAAAUGCAAAAAGUGAAUGAUGCUAAUGACGUUGGGGAGCCCAUAGAGGGCGGUGUAGUAAAUAUAGCAAUAUAGCCAAAGGUUAAAGUUUAUCUUGUAAAACACGUCAGCAGAUUGUCACAGUACCAUAUCCGGUGUUAUGCGUCCUCAGGUUUUCAUGUCGAUCGGUAACAGGGCGUAUGCACGCGCUUUGUUGACAAGCGCCACUGUCCCCACUAAAUAGAUUAAAAUAAUAUGUCGGAUCCUACGAAUAGAACAUCUAAUCUUUCAAAGAGCACGCUAAAUAAGCACUAUUUCGAUCACUAUUUUGAGUUCCUCCAAAGACUCGCGAUACGAAAUUUCAUGAACGCGCAAGAAAAUCAUUUAUCCUUUUAACCGGAAGACCCAAGACACCGGUAUCCCUUACGUUUGCCGCAGUUGUGUUACACUUUCCUGUUUGACUUCGUGACCUCGGCUUUAUCUCAGAAAAAUGGCAAAAAAGCGAAGGGACAAGCGAGAAGGUGACGGUUUGGCAUUGACACAGGAGGAGGUGAAGGCAAAUGACGUUGACUCACAAAAAGGGCUGAAAGUCGUCCAAAAUACUGCAGUUGGCUCAGUACGAAUGUCUCUACUGAUCCUGGUCUUAAUAUUCAUUGGCUCUGCCUCAGUCAUGUACCUGGUGUACAGGAACUUUCCAGAGCUUUCAGAUGAUGAAAUGAAGAAAAUAAAGAUCCCCAAAGACAUGGAGGAUGCCAAAGCUCUAGGCACUGUGUUGUCUAAAUAUAAAGACACCUUCUAUACCCAAGUGCUGGUAGCCUACUUCACAACAUAUGUAUUCCUCCAAACAUUUGCCAUCCCUGGAUCUAUCUUCCUCAGUAUCCUGUCUGGAUAUCUGUACCCAUUUCCACUGGCUCUUUUCCUCGUCUGCUUGUGCUCUGGUCUGGGUGCAUCCUUUUGCUAUAUGCUGUCAUAUCUGGUGGGCAGACCCAUUGUCUACAAAUAUCUAAAGGAGAGAGCAAAGAAAACAUCUGAGCAGGUUGACAGACAUAGAGAUCAUUUAAUCAACUACAUAAUCUUCUUGAGGAUAACACCGUUUCUUCCAAACUGGUUCAUUAACAUCACCUCACCUGUCAUCAACGUACCUUUAGGAGUUUUCUUCAUCGGCACAUUUAUUGGAGUGGCACCUCCAUCCUUUGUAGCAAUCAACGCUGGCACAACACUGUACAAACUGACCACAGCUGGCGAGGCCGUGUCCUGGAAUUCUCUGGCUGUACUUGGGAUCCUGGCUGUGAUCUCCAUCUUGCCCGUCUGCUUCCAGAAAAAGCUGCGGAAGAAACUUGAGUAGAACACUGUAAAAACCACAGAACCUCAUCUGCUGGCUGCUCCAAAAAAACUUCCUUCCCUCGGCUCAGGAACUCGCAGCUAUCACAUAAUUUGCUUUUGGAAAUGGUGUGGUACUGUUGGACAAAAUGAUGGGCUCUGACAAGAGCACUGUGUUACUUGCAUGCAGUGGAAGGUUGUUUCUGAUAAGUAAGAACUGGACGCUGUUUGCACAGUUUUUGUGCAUAAUAUUGUUGAUCAUGGCACAUCUUGUUAGUCAGAGCAUUGGCAUCUUUUUAUGUGAUUAAAGCACUGCUUCAUUUUUAGUUCACAGAUUAAUUAGUAUAGUUUGAAAACAGAGGUUUUCCGUCUGUGGUUUUAGAAAUGUGUGCCUCUUUAUUUAAAAAAAAAAGUUAUUUCCAUUAACCCCAAAUCUCUGUUCUGUAACUAUGUAAGAAACAUUUAUUUCCUUUUUUCUUUUUCAUCAGAACAACGUAUAUAUUUUUCCACUUCCACUCCCACCGUGAACUGG